UGGUCUGCUGAGCGUCACCUCCACACAGCAAGUGCCUUUUACUUGAGCAGAAGAGGGAGAAGGGAGGCUGCCUGCGAGAGAGCUUGUGCCUGCAGUGUGUGUGUGUGUGUGUGUGUGUGUGUACGCACCAGAGGAGCCUCUCUCUCUCGCUCUCUCUCUCUCUCUCUCUGAGACUUCACAGGAAGGGCUGAGGAGGGGGGCAGGUGGCGUCGGAGCAACACGGCGCUGUCGGUUGUUGGCGGAGACAGGGGAAUCCACUGGCGCUGCUGAUCCUGGAGACAGAAGACGGCGCGGCAGGCAGGUUCUGGAGCUCACGGCGGGGGACGGGCUGUGAGACGCACGCUGCGGUUCCAGAGACUCACCGCGACUCUGAGAAGCACAAACUGAACGCAAAACGUUACACGUUCUCGUCCGUGGAUGCUGGAUGGUGAAGAGGAAAACUUCUGGAGAGGAAAUUCUCUUUUAAGCAGGAGUUGCUGCAGAGAUUUGUCCACUAAGAAUAACUUUAUUCUUUUUGGGGAGUUGGAGGAUUAAAGCCCCUCUCUCUCUCACCACAACACAAAAUAACCUCUUUCUUAGGAACUGAGGGAAUUUAGAUGCCUCCUCCUGAUUCAGUCUGAGCAGUAAGUGGAUUAUGACGGCAAUAUUUUGGGUUUUCUCUUUUGCUUGAAAAAAGAAAGGAAAAAAGGAAGAUAAUAUACAUCCAUGACUGAUGGAUUUACAGCCGUUAAAGAAGGAAAGGAUCCCAUGCGCUUUCUCCUCUCUCCUCCUGUGGAUUACAGAUGGGCUUUGUGAUCUCCCAGUGCAGUCUCAUGGAUGGUCGCUCGCUGCCAGACAUUAGGAUAAAGUACGAGGAGGGACACAAACCAUUUGUCAAUGAACAUAAUUUCCUAAAUGAGUGGUACCGUCUACCCGGCAGGUGGCUCGGGCACGAGCAGAGAUUGAUUGAAGUGAUCCGUGUGAAUCCUAUUAAUACAUCCUGGACUCCGGCCAAGGCGGAAGCAAUGGAGGGGAACACUGCUGUCUAGCAGCGCUAUCUGAUCUGCCUCCUCGCUGGACAAACUGAGCCCCCCCCCCCCGCUGCACUCCCUUCUUCAACAACACUCCUCCUCCUCCUCCUCCUCCUCUUUACACCCAAGCAACGAUGGUACCUCCACCCCCCACCAACAAGCCCCACGUGUGCCUCUCCACCAUCCUGAUCAUGAGCAGCAUGGCGCUUAUUGAUGCCUACCUGGUGGAGCAGAACCACGGGCCGCGCAAGAUCGGAAUCUGCAUCAUGGUGAUGGUGGGCGACAUCUGCUUCCUGAUCGUCCUGCGUUACGUGGCGGUUUGGGUGGGUGCGGAGGUGCGCACGGCCAAGCGGGGCUACGCCAUGAUCCUCUGGUUCCUGUACAUCUUCGUGCUGGAAAUCAAGGUGUACUUUGUGUAUCAAAACUACAAGGCGGACAGGAAGAGCCUCGACGCCCUGGCCAGGAAAGCUUUGACGUUGCUGCUGUCCGUUUGCAUCCCGGUGCUGUUUGUGGUGCUGGUUGCCAUCGACCACAUGGAGUACGUGCGCGCCUUCAAGAAGCGCGAGGAGAUCCGCAACCGCCUCUUCUGGGUGGUGGUGGACCUGCUGGACAUCCUGGACAUCCAGGCCAACCUGUGGGAACCUCAGAAGAAGGGUCUUCCCUUGUGGGCGGAGGGCCUGAUGUUCUUCUACUGCUACAUCCUGCUGCUCGUGCUCCCCUGCGUGUCCCUGAGCGAGAUCAGCAUGCAGGGCAUCAACAUCGUUCCCCACAAGAUGCUCCUGUACCCCAUCCUCAGCCUGGUGACCAUCAACAUCAUCACUCUCUUCAUCCGGGGGGGCAACAUGAUUCUGUACCGGGACGCCAGGGUAUCCGGGAUCUUGAUUGGCAAGAACAUCCUGGCCAUCAUCCUAAAGACCUGCAGCUUCGUGCAGUACAGGAGACAGUUGCAGAACGCCUCUCCUGCUUUCGGGGUGGAGCUGCAAAAGAACUCGGUGGCCCACGCUCGCCCCGCCCCCGUCAUUCCUCAAGUGGUAAUUCAGGACCAGAUGCCCCUGCCUGAGGUGACAACAUGUGAACACACAUGACAGGAGGGGGGUGCGGAUCCUGGAGAUGUCUACGAGAAUAUAUACGACCCUCAGGAGACCAGCAGGGCACAACGCGUCACCCCCUUUAGGCCCUGCGGACACGACCGUGAUCUCUGCUGAUGCUCGCCGGCACCGCAGGGGACUUUAGCGAGGAUAAAGCGGUGCCGUGUCCGAAGCUGUCACGGCGCAAAACACUUGUGACUAUGUUAAAGCAUUUCCUUUGACAGAUUUAGUUAACUGUGGAUUUUUUUCUAUUUGUAAAAGAAAAAAAGGGCAAUCACUGCAGGAUUAGAGGAUAUAUUUUUGAAUUGUGUGUGUUGCAUUCUAAUCUUACACUUAAAGGGUCUGUGUGCUGUGGUGUGUAUUUCUGUUGCUUGGAUGUUCAUGGAUGUUCUUGGAUGACUUUAAUGUGUCAAAGUCAGGUAGAGCAGCCAAUGGGAGAAUCAAAGUUGUGAAAAUAUCAGUUAACGCUUGCUCCUGAAAAAGGUGUGUUUUUAUAUGUGACUCUUUGAUAAAGUAUUGUGUACAAGAUAAAAGGCUUUCCUGCUCUUUCA